UGGUUUGUCUAUCACUAGCAUAAUUUCAAUAUCAGUGGAGCCCUCAUUUUAUGCACCACUAUUGAUUGGCUGUGUUGUAGUUAGAAUGAAUUGUUUUACAGCAUGGUGUUGAUUCAGACAAUAAUUCUGCUGUUUGCUCAGCUGAAUAUCUUUAUGCAUAUCCUCAUUAUGGUUUUAUAGAUCAUCCCAAAUACUCUCUAUAAAGACAUCCCAGUUUGGCAAGCACAGUCGGCUGUUUUUUUUGUUUGUUAGUUCCUCUCUCAGUCCCCCACAGCUAUAAGUCACACUCGUAUUUCAGCGGCCACAGUUUACCCUUGUAGUCAUUUAGUCGUUGUCUAUGCAGAGACUCUUAAACGAAGCACUAAGGUUAGGCACAAAAUGUUGGCUCGAUGCGCUCUCCAAAGGCACAGUUAUGGUUGUCAUAGUGAUCAUAUUUUUUGCAAUCAUUUGUCACCCAGAUACAGUAGGGUUGAAUUAGAAGCACCUGGUUAUGCUGACGUGAAGCGAACGAAAGGGGAGAGGUGAACAACUAUUCCCGUUUACUCUACUGACACGGCACGUUUUCAGGCAUACGUGUGUGCCGUCGGCGUUAUCUCGCUCGUAUGUCUCUACCUUCGUAAAAGCGAGAUGGCUAUCUGCGUGACAAAGAGCACUAGGACCGAACAAUGCGACGCUAACCAUCGGCCGCCCCGGCCACCGUUUAACAUGGAGAUUGGAAAAAGGAAUCAGCUCUCUCUCCUCCGGGACCUGCAUGUAAAUGAGGUUAGCCUCUCCUGCUGUGCCACCGCUCUAUCCCCCACUCUCCUCUCCAGCUCUAAUGGCUGCAAAACUGCCACCUCCAUUCUUCAGGAAGAAACCGGGACCAAUCCUGAUUAGUGCCCUUGUCUUGAGUGACAGGCUUGGAUCUGGGCAGGCAGUGCCGUGGGCGCCUCUGCCAAGCUGCUGUCAACCUGGUAUCACUGUAAAAAAGCCAUCCCUUUUCUUCAACCCCCCAGCCUCCUCCACUCUCUCACACACCCCCUCGUACUCUCUCUCUCUCUCUUUCUUUCUUGGGUGGCUGGCUAGUCAAGCUUGGCUGCAUCCCUUGCCUGAGCUACUGGGACAAAGUGUGAUUUACAGUAGUUGGAGAGUUUCCCUGUCAGCUCUAACCUGUGUGCAUGCUGUCUAUCUGAGUAGGCGGCAGUAAUGCUGUAGAAACAGCAUAUUGUGGUGUUCGCGUCAUAGCACCUAGCUGAAUCCACCCCUGCUUCCUGUCCCUGUGGUAUGUACACAGAGCCUUACUUAUUAUCUUAUGCUUUCCUUUCGUUUUCCACAAUUUUGUUUUAUUGCUGUAAAUGUACAAAUCUUCAUGCGCCCCCUUUUAUGCCCACUGAAGUGUAUAUGGCGGAUCCCAUUAGUUAACAUCUCACCGCUGAUAAUGAACGUGCAGAUCUACCAACUUUUUGAGAGUACCCUGAGAUUACUAGUCCAGGCGCUGUCUUCUUUUUGUUCUGUCUCUGGUAUCUAUAAAUGGAAGUUGGGGGAAAUAAACAAGAGUGCAAAAGGGUGCUUCAUCUACAAAGAGGAAUUUCAGAGGUCUGGAAGCCAACACUGUCUCAGUCUCUUCCAAGAACACAUCUCCUUCCUGUUUCACCUCUGGCCCCCUGCCCAACAUGCCCACAGACGCUGAGGCCAUGCGGAAAACACACAGAUGAUGUGGACACGGUAGAGGAUGGAGGGCCAGAGGGUGGAUCAGUAGAAGAGGACAGCUGGUUUGGGAAUACCUCCGACAGCCCCUCCGAAUCGUCCUACGGUGAUGUGCAAGAUGAGCUGCGGGUUUCCCCUGACAAUGUUCCCCGACCAGACCACGACACCUCAGCCGAGAGCUCCCUGGGCUGCCCAACGCCGGUUCAGCGGGCUUCCCUGGAGCUGCUUGGGCUGGACGGUGGGGUCCUCUCAACCCAGGACAUGCUGUCCUCUGAGGUGUCCUCUCUGUACGGAGACUCCAGCCAGGCCCUGGGCAAACCCCUCAGCAGCAACCUACGGCGUCUCCUGGAGGCUGGCUCGCUGAAGCUGGAGGGAGGUGACCUGACUGGGCGUGGAAUGGGCAGAGGACCGGAGUCGCCCCCGGUCAGCUUGGUACUAUCUCCAUCUUUGCAUCACGCACAGCAGCUGAGUGCCCUGGCGAGGAGGUUGGCUAAUAGCAGCAGCAACAACAGCUGCAACUCGAACUCUGCAUCACCUGCGUCUGUAGCAACUGUCAAGCAGGAGCCCUGUGACCUAUAUGGCCCCAGCAAUGGCCCUAACUCAGGCAGCAGUGGCUUCGUAUGGGUAGGCGUUGCGGAUAAAUGGCCAUCGACAAGUUGCUCGGCUCCCAGCGGCAGCAGCCUAUCACCAGACUCGGCUAUCCAGAAGUUAAAAGCAGCUGCCAACGCCGUGCUCCAAGACAAGAACGCGGUGGCCUCCUCCACCUCGGCGUCCUCAUCGUCCUCUUCCUCCUCCUCGUCCACUUCAGUCACCUCCUCCUCAAUGGCAGCCUUGGGCACUCGAUCUGAUGACGCUGUGCGCUUUGAACCGUUCUCUUCACCCUUCAGUCCACAGUCAGCCAGCUCCACGCUUGCUGCCCUCUCAAAGAAAGUGUCUGAAAGAAGUCAGCAGCAGGUGGGCUCAUCUGAGCAUCAACCCUCAGCUGGCUCCUUUCUCUCUCUAGUUUCCAUGACCUCCUCAGCAGCUCUGCUAAAGGAGGUGGCCGCACGAGCAGCAGGAAACCUUCUAGCUGAUAAGAAAGAGCCGGCAUUAGUACUGGGAGCCUCCGAAGAUGUCAAGCCCCUGUUAGACAAGAACCAGAAGGUGCCCACACCAACCCAGGCCAUGGAUCUCCUGCUGCCAACAAUCCCCAAGGGAAGGGCCAAGCCCAGCAGUCAAGCAGGUUCUCCUGAGGAUGGAGGGAAGCCCUUUCAGUGUCCAGUGUGCGGUCUGGUCAUCAAGAGAAAGAGCUACUGGAAGAGACAUAUGGUGAUCCACACAGGCUUAAAAAGUCACCAGUGUCCCCUCUGUCCCUUUCGUUGUGCUCGUAAAGACAAUCUCAAGUCCCACAUGAAGGUCCAUCAGCACCAAGACAGAGGAGAGACUUUCCAGUGUGAGCUCUGCCCCUUCACAUCAUCCCGCCACUUUAGCCUCAAGCUGCACAUGCGUUGCCAUCAGCACUUCCCCCGUUCCGACCUCAAAGUCAAGGAAGAACCUGGCACAGACACCGAGGAGGGCGAGGGCUUGCUCAUGGGGGACGGUGGAGUCGCUGGUGAUCAGGUCAUGAACACAGAUGCUUCCACGUCUCCUACUGUGAGCCAACCCGACGGUCGUUUGCUGGCCUCCCCUACAGAACCCUCGAACCACGUCCAGAUCAAGGAGGAACCCCAGGAGAGGGAUGUGUCUGUAAUGUCUCCCUUUGCCCUGUGUAGGGAGCGACCCAGCAGCAGCAGCUCCCUAGAUCUGCCUGGGCUCAAAUCCAGUCCACCGGGCCCUGGGCCUAUAGCUGCUUCGCUCUUCAGCCCAGAUAUCACCACCAAGACGGCUACAGACCUCCUCAUGAAGCUCUCAGGUAAGAAAUCUCCAUUAAACCACAAUGAAAAAGGGAAAUGUGAUAGAUUUAGAUGCUUGAUUAUGUAAACCAGCUUGAUUCAUCCAUAAUUCCUUACAUUUAGGAUGAAUGAAGUGCUAAUAUAAUUAUGGGUUGGCAAUGGGAGUAGAAUUUGGCUUUCUUGAUGGGAACCCAAAGCCAAGAUCCUGCAGGACUGAGUCUGCAUGAUUAAUUCUUAUUCAAUAAAGUUAUUCAAUAAAGUUUAUUAUAGCUGUAUAAUACCUUCUUGAUACCUAAUGCUGUUUUUUUGUUUGUUUGUUUGUUUUAUAGUUCUGUCAGUUUUUAACAGGUUAAAAAAUACAUAUAUAAGGCUCAAAGGCUGCCAUAAAAAUAUCAUAAGUCAGUGACUUUUUGAUAAGUGAGUUAUAAUCCUUGUUGAAGGCAUUACAUGUAAAUUCAGUGCCUUUUUCCUUGACACAGAGGAU